UCAUUUUUUGCCACAUGCAAAGCGGAACACUUACUUCUGCAUCAGGAAGUCUUUCUCUUCUAGAGCUAAAGACCCCCAUUGAAGGAGCCACAAAAGAAACCAACAACACAUCAUGGUGAGCUCCGCUACUACUAAUGACUGUCUAUCCCCCAUUUCUUGCUGUAUAGGCCGCGGCGGUGGAUUGGCGCUCUUUGACGAACCCAAGACGGACAAGUACCAAUUCCCCGAUAAUGACGAUACCGAUAAUGACGACGAGAAGCCAAAAGUCGCAUCAGCUCGCACGGUGGAUACUGCCGAUGCUCUCGUUGUUACAUCGGUUCCCACCUCCGAGUCGUUGUGGUCCUGGUUGUCGAGUAACGUAGCCGCCAAGGAACUUCCCACAGUGGAGGGAGUUCCCACGCUGCUUCCCAUACUCAUUAUUCCCGGGUUCAUGAGCAGUGGAUUGGAAAUUCAGCAAUCCAAGGUUCGACCCGAAUGGCAGGGCAAACGACUCUGGAUCAACUUGGGAUCGUUGGGGAUGAGUUCGCUCUACUUUGGCGGAGCUCAACAACAACAGAAACAACGGCCCAAAAAGGAAUCGCGACGAAAACUGGACGACAUCAAGCAGGCGCAACAGCACCAGUACAAAUCCAUGUGGCUGGAACACAUGAGACUCAAUGACAAGGAUUUGCGCACGGAACCAGCAGGGAUUCGAGUCCGACCCAUUCAGGGGCUCGAAGGUGUCGAUUAUUUGUCCCCUGGUGCAUUUACCAAUCACGUUUCCUACGUCUUUGGACCCGUCAUUCAAGCCUUGAAAUCGGCGGGGUACCAGGAAGAGAUCAAUUUAAAAGCGGCUCCUUAUGAUUGGAGAUUGCCACCGGUGGAAUUGGAGUCGCGGGAUCAGUACUUUACCAAGACGUUGCAACAGGUCGAAGAUUUGUACCAACAAAGCCACGACACUCCCGUCGUCUUGCUGGGACAUUCGCUCGGGACCAAGACGGCUCAUUACUUUCUCAACUUUUGUCUCGCCAAAAAGGGUCAAGCGUGGAUCGAUCAGCGCAUUCAUACGUACAUGCCCGUGGGGGCACCCCAUUUGGGUGCCCCCAAGGCAUUGCGGUCCGUCGUGGCAGGAGACAAGAUGGGGUUGGACGCCUUUUUAAAUGCCGAAGAAGCAUUGGCCCUGGGACGAUCCUUUGGCAGUGGACCAUGGUUGUUCCCUUCGGAAUUGCCCCCCGGGGUCCCUGCCAGUGUUUACGUGUUGCCGCAUGGCAUUUUGGAUAUCCGAUUCGACGGCUUUGUGGUUGAUACCAAUCCACUCGUCCACAAACGAACCGCCAUGACCAAACCCAAUCGAUAUCAGUUGAUGGUAGAAAUGACACAACGACGGUUGCCUGGGCAACCUUCCUCCUCCCACAACCGAACCGUAUCGACAUCCUUUUGCAACACUGUCACUGGAAAGGAUCAAGUCAUGUUUACAGACAAGAUAUCGUUUGCCACUCAUGAAAAUCCAAAAACGGCCAGUCAAGCCAGGAUUCGAUUCUAUCUGCAAGAGCCGGGCAUUGCCGCCGCCAAGCAAGAAAAGGAAGAACCAUAUUGCAAUCCCAUUAUGUGUUUCUUGAAAUGGAUCACAUGUUGCUGCGUCUGUGAUUAUCUGUAUCGUCUUGUGCGAUGGAUCACAUGUGGUUUGGUCCGAGGACUGGCAUUGAGUGCCGAUGCCAUUACCGGAGUGGGCGGUGUCAGCUCCAAUCUUGCAUUUUCCGAGUACUUUGUAAUUCCUCACGAAGUAUGGACCAAUGGCGGAAAGGAGAUUGAAAAAACCGUGACGCUUAAUCACAAGGAUGACUAUGGUGCCACGGAUCACUUCUUUUGCUUUUCGUGGCUCAAGAGGCCACGAACGGCCAAGCUUUCCGUCCGAAUUCGUUGGACUCCCAGUGAAGGUCGCACCAAAUCGGUACAACGGGUCAUUGGGUCGGCGGUCUGUCAGCCCAGCGAAGACACACCGUCAGGCAUUGCCAUUACCAAGAAUGAUCAGAUCUAUCAAGAAUUUGCCGGUCAUGAUAUCCUAGAACGUGAAGGAUUGGAUACAACUCUUCAAUUGAUUCAUUCCGCCUAUGAUCGUGAUGCCACCAUUGGACCCAGGGACAAGAGCUCUCGUGAUGCUCCCCCGGUCAAGAGAGUGCAUGCCAUUUACGGGAUCAAUGUGCCCACGGAGGUGGGGGCCAUUUACAAGCGCAAGGACAAUUGCUUGGCCGAGUCAAGACUCGACAAUCUGUACAAGCUUGAUGCCAGAGCACGCGUUGACGCAAAAUCUGGAUACACCAGCAAGGGCGGUCUCCUAUUUGAGACUUCCAAAACAAGGCAAUAUGUGGCAGAUGGUCGAAAGGUCUGUGGCGACGGAACUGUCCCCUACUGGUCUCUGCAGCACUGUCACACAUGGAAGUCGUCAACCUGUGACGUCUCCGUGGUGGAACUGCAGAAGGCGGAGCAUCGGGAAAUCUUGGCUGAUUCACGUUUCCACAAAGCCAUCUUGGAGUACUGCCGGAUACCCAAAGAGACAGCGUGAGAUGCUCUUCGCCUCUCGAUCAGUAUAUCUAUUGGCGCAUUCGUGGCUGCUCUUCUGGGCGGGUGGUGACAGUGAUGUUUGCGGCUUGUUCGCGACCCCCACAGGGAAGCACCGACAAAUGAGUGACUUGGAAAGGAAGGAGAUCCCACACAUAGGGCUCGGAAACAUCCACACCCAACAACCAACCCUUGGAAGUACAAGAGGAAGCAGAAGAGGCAACAGCAAAAUUCCUCAGACGAAUUUGCUACGAUCUGGUCUUCCAAUUCUUUAAAUAUUUGUCAUUAUGCUAUCGUUCAAGCACAGUCUUCUAGCCCAUAGUAACCUCUUCGACCAUUAAACAUGCAUGUAAACCACUGGACCUCGUUUGAACAUGUAAACAUCUGAACGAAAGUCGUUUCUCCUUUACCUUAUUCGUCAGUUGGAUUUCCUUCCUCCCUUGUCUUUCCUUCCUUAACUGUCUCGCCUGUCUCGGCUGCCUCUGCUGCCGGUCCACCGUUCUCGUUGGAAUCAGUCACAUCUUGCAUCUGCAAUUCAUCGAUUCUGUCCUCCUCUGAAAGCAAUUCAUAGCCCAGCUUGAUCCUUGCCGCGGAAAAGACCAUUUUGUGAAACCAAAGGGAAGCCAUCACACCGACAAACCCCAACAUGCAAAACAACCCGAAGCACACCAUCGCCAUUGUCAAAAAGUAGAUGAUGUGGGUACUCAGGUAGUGAGCAUUCAGCUGCUGAUUGUACACGCAGGAAUAGGCAAAUAACCAACCAACCAUACCACCCCCAUUGCCAAAGGCUCUCCACCACCACUCAUGAUUUCCAUUUCUCAAUUGCAAGUAGCUUGCCAGAACUGUCGUUUGUGCUGUGGUAACAAUGAGAAGGAAAAAUACCACAAGGAGGAAGAAGAAUUCGUAGUAGUAGUACU